AUGUUCAGGAGAACUCUUUCACAAUCGGCCCUCCGAGCCUCGAAAAGCGCCUUUGCGAAGCCGGCUGUCUCAUUCGGUCUGCGAGCUGCAAACGCGCGUUUCGCGAGUGACAGCGCAGCCCUUUCCGGCAAGAUCCAUCAGGUUAUUGGUGCCGUUGUUGACGUAAAAUUCGAUACCGACAAGCUUCCCCCGAUUCUCAACGCCCUUGAGACCAACAAUGGUGGAAACAAGUUGAUCCUCGAGGUCGCACAACAUCUGGGAGAGAACGUCGUCAGAUGUAUUGCUAUGGAUGGUACUGAAGGUCUCGUCCGUGGCCACAAGGCUUCCGAUACUGGCAACCCAAUCAUGGUUCCGGUCGGUUCAGGAACUCUCGGCCGCAUCAUGAACGUCACUGGUGACCCCAUCGACGAGCGUGGACCCAUCAAGCACACCAAGAAGCUCCCGAUUCACGCCGAUGCUCCCGCUUUCACCGAUCAAUCCACAGCUGCCGAGGUCUUGGUCACCGGUAUCAAGGUCGUCGACUUGCUCGCCCCUUACGCCCGUGGAGGAAAGAUCGGUCUGUUCGGAGGAGCUGGUGUCGGAAAGACCGUGUUCAUCCAAGAAUUGAUCAACAACAUUGCCAAGGCCCACGGAGGUUACUCUGUCUUCACCGGUGUCGGAGAGCGAACCCGUGAGGGUAACGAUCUGUACCACGAGAUGCAGGAGACCAAAGUCAUCAACCUCGAUGGUGAUUCCAAGGUCGCCCUGGUCUUCGGUCAAAUGAACGAGCCUCCCGGAGCCCGUGCCCGUGUUGCCCUUACCGGCUUGACGAUCGCCGAAAGCUUCCGCGAUGAUGAUGGUCAAGACGUUCUCCUCUUUGUAGACAACAUCUUCCGCUUUACACAAGCCGGAUCCGAAGUGUCUGCUCUUCUUGGUCGUAUCCCAUCUGCCGUCGGUUACCAACCAACACUCGCCGUCGACAUGGGUCUUAUGCAAGAGCGCAUCACCACCACCCACAAGGGAUCCAUCACCUCCGUCCAAGCCGUUUACGUGCCUGCCGAUGAUUUGACUGAUCCUGCUCCUGCCACCACCUUUGCCCAUCUGGACGCCACCACCGUGCUUUCCCGUGGUAUCUCUGAGUUGGGUAUCUACCCCGCCGUCGACCCUCUCGACUCCAAGUCCCGUAUGUUGGAUCCCCGUAUCAUCGGACAAGAUCACUACGACACCGCCACCAAGGUCCAACAGAUGCUCCAAGAGUACAAGUCCCUCCAAGAUAUCAUUGCCAUUCUCGGUAUGGAUGAGUUGUCGGAAGCCGACAAGUUGACUGUCGAGCGUGCACGAAAGAUCCAAAGAUUUUUGUCGCAGCCAUUUGCCGUUGCUCAAGUUUUCACUGGUAUUGAGGGUGUUUUGGUUGACUUGAAGGAUACCAUCCGGUCAUUCAAGGCCAUCAUGAACGGAGAGGGAGAUGACUUGCCAGAGUCCUCGUUCUACAUGGUUGGUGACAUCGACCACGCACGGGCCAAGGGAGAGAAGAUUUUGGCUGAUCUUGAGGCUGGCAACUAG